ACGUUUAUGACAGCACUGGGCCUUUAAAUCGUGUGACUAGGCUAAGCCACUGCAGUAAAUCAUGGUAUGAUUACUCACAGUAGAUACGAAAAAAUAGCACACAACAACUCGUAACUUCUCAUAAUAACCAUGAAUAGAGCUUUUAAAAAUUGCCGAACGGUAAUGGUGACAGGAGCCAGCCGAGGCCUCGGUCUGCAAGUAGUGGAAAGUCUGGUGGCAGGGAGCUCUGCUCCGGACAAAAUUAUUGCCACGGCCAGAAAUCCGAGCGGGGCCCAGGAACUGCAGAAACUAGCUGAAAAACAUCCAAAUAUCCAUAUAAUAACGCUUGAUGUUGUCAGUCAGGAGAGCAUAGAGAAAGCUGCACAAGACGUUGACCUGCUUGUUCAGGAGGUGGGCCUCAAUUGUCUAAUCAACAAUGCUGGAAUCAAUGUUGUCGCCAAUUUUGAGACCGUCACGGCUGAGAAGAUGUUGGAGAACUUCCACACCAACUCUGUUGCCCCCCUUAUGAUCACUAAGGCUCUCCUACCCCUGUUGAAGAGGGCAGCUGUCAAAGGCACAAGGAUGGGCAUCCAUAGAGCUGCAGUCAUCAACAUUGCUUCCUUGUUAGGGUCAGUCGAGCUCAACUGGGGUGACCGGGCCAACAACAUCAAGUGGUAUCCUUACAGAACAUCCAAGAGUGCCCUGAACAUGGUGACCCGAUGCAUGGCAGUGGAUCUGGAGGCUGAUGGCAUCCUGUGUAUGGGCCUCCACCCUGGCUGGGUACGCACUGACAUGGGUGGACCAGAGGCACCUUUGAGUCCAGAGGAGAGCAUAUUAUCUGUGUUGUCAGUAAUUGGUGGAUUGACUGAAAAGGAUCAUGGGUCAUUUCUACACUACACUGGGGAGCCACUACCCUGGUGAUUGGAAUAUCACCAUGGAUGAUUUUAUAAAGUUGUUGCUUUGCACAUGUUUAUGCUUUGACUUUGCAAAGUUGAAUGUACUACCUAAAUAGCAGUUUUAAAUGACAAAUGCAUCAUGUAAUGUUCUAUAUGACAUGAAGUUUUAUUUGCUGUAACACUGACACUAUAUGCCUAGCCUAUAUUAUUUAAACGAGGCAAGUUAAUUGUUCAGUAGGCCUAUGUGCAACAGGUUGAAGUGGCGAGGAAGCAAAUAAUAAUAAUAAUAAUAAUAUAAUAUGCCAUUUAGCAGACGCUUUUAUCCAAAGCGACUUACAGUCAUGCGUGCAUACAUUUUUGUGUAUAAUAGUGGACAGUUUUGUUUGUCUUUGAAGAAAGCCCUUCUUUCAGCUUUAGAUCAGUAUCUUCCCAUGAGACUUCUUUGUAAACCUAUAAGAGGAUAUUCAAUUAAAUUGUUUAAUUGCUGAGCAGUGAGUGUUCUGGCACUUCCUUAUGUUAUUAUGAGGAAAUAUCCCACUGUUACGUCUGAAAGGAUGAUGCAUUUUACUGCUCUCUUUUCCAAUUAAACGUUUGGUCUUAUUACACAAUA